AUGGCAACAGCAGGUAUUGAAAAGCUCUUCCGGUCCGCUCGUCUUAUAUACCGGGCAGUGGAAGAUGAUCAAGAGGACAAAAAUUUCAUGUACAAGAUUCAAUCCGACGUCGCUGCAUUAGCUUCUUCAGACUCAGAUCUCCUGAAGCCGAUGACAACCAAGGAGGCCAAUUCACACCACGCAUAUGUCUCGAGUCGAACCCUACUCGGUGUUAUCAUCUGUCUUCCAAAUCCCGAGAGGACGUCAAUAGGCAGUCUAUACCUUACUGCACCGAAACCUGGUGCAGAACACCAUCGAAACAGCUAUAUUUCGAUCGAUAUCAUCGCAGAUUAUCAACGAAAGGGAUAUGGUAGCGAGGCAAUAGAAUGGGCUUUGAACUGGGGCUUUAAGAUCGCUGGGUUACAUCGGAUCGGCAUUGAGGCGUUCAGCUAUAACGAGGGCGCACGACAAUUGUACGAGCGACUGGGUUUCGUGUACGAAGGUUGCAAACGGGAGUUGCUUUGGUUCAAUGGGGACUGGCACGAUUAUCUUAGUUGGAGCAUGCUCGAGCACGAAUGGAGAGCUUUGAUCGAAAAGAAAAGUCUGGCCAAUGCAAAAGAGGUCAAGAAAGAGUAG